AUGGUGAAGAAUACUCCUCAACUACGCCAAGCCAUUGAAGAUGUGCAGCGAGCUAUUCGGGAAUCUCCGAGUUGGGACUCGCUGAGUGAUGCUCGAAAGAGGAUCAUUGACUUGCGGAUAAGGGAAGCAGUUCACGAAGGCAUUGCUCUUGAAGGUGAUAAAAGAGAUCGAUUCAACGCGAUUAACCAGGAAUUGGCUAAACUAUCUCAAAAGUUUCUCGGAAACAUGUUGGAUUCUACUAAGAAGUUUGAAAAAAUAAUCACAGACAAGAACGAUAUUGAAGGAUUGACCUCUACAGCUCUUGAGUUGGCCGCCCAAACAGCGGUCUCUAAGGGACAUAAAAAUGCAACUGCUGAAAAUGGGCCGCGGGUUCUUACGUUAGAUUCUCAAAGUUAUGAUUCUGUCAUGGAACAUGCUAGAAAUCGAAACAUAAGGAAGGAACUAUACCUUGCUUAUCUACGCAUGGAAGGGAAGAUGGCUAGUUUAGACGACGCAAUGGAGCUCCUUGAAAAGCUUAGAACUAGAUGGAAAACCUCAAACAAUUCGCUAAAAGUCAAGGUGCCCCAGAAGCUGAUAAUCUGGAACCCUGGGACACAUUGUUUUGGUCUAAGAGGCUCCGGGAAUCAAAAUUUGGAAUUUAAUGAGGAAGAGCUUCGUCCUUACUUUUCAUUUCCUAAAGUGAUGGAGGGCCUUUUCAACCUUGCAAAUAUGUUAUUUGGAAUCAAGAUUGAAGCUGCUGAUGGUUUGGUUCCUGUCUGGGACGAAGAUGUCAAAUUUUAUCGUGUCACAGAUUCUUCAGGUUCUCCCAUUGCAUUUUUUUUUUAUCUCGAUCCAUAUUCUCGACCAUCUGAAAAGCAGCAAGGUGCUUGGAUGCUUCCUAUUCUCAACCGCAGUCGCGUGAAGAUUGUUUUCCAUGAAUUUGGUCAUGCCCUUCAGCACAUGCUAACAAGAGAAGACGAGGGCAUUGUUGCUGGUUCGAGGCACAUCGAGCAUGAUGCUAUGGAACUACCCUCCCAAUUUUUGGAAUAUUGGUGUAAUCACAGGGAUACCUUGAUGAGCAUCGCAAAGCAUUAUGAAUCAGGAAAUACACUUCCAGAUAGUUUGUACGAGAAGCUUCUUGCUGCUAGAACUUUUCUUGCUGGCAGUAAAUUUCUCAACCAGGUUUUGUAUUGA